GUAGAAGAUUCAAAACAAGGAAUCGAAUCUUGUACAAGGCUGGUUUUUGGUCGCGUCGGUUCGAUUCAUGCCAAUUCGAUAUCGAUGCGGAUCGACACGUUCUUUCGAAGUAAGUUUUCGUCCGAAAUUUUGAUGUUGAACGAGAGAAUUUGUCUUUUUUGGGGCCAGAGUUUAAAAAUUCGUCCAUCUCAUCCUAUCCAAAGGAGGAGAGAAACGCAAGGAACAAGGCAUCAACAUAUGCAUUUCUAUUUGUUUCUCUCGGAACAAUUGAAUGCAGUGCAGUGCCGGCAGAAUCGUCUCUCGAGGAAUACUGAAGAAAAAGGAGUCCCUGAAUACAAUCGAAACCUUGCAAAGAAUUCUUGAGCAUUCCCAACAAGUAGUGAAGCCGGCACCUAACAAUCACAAUGCCAUCGUGGCUCAAGGGCGUUGCGAAGAGGGGCAAGCGUUACGGGAGGACAGAGGAAGAGCGCCGCGACGUAAACGAUCCAUUUAGCGACUUGGAAUUCAACAAUGAUGGAAAUUCGAACCUCAUCAGAUCAUCUUCAAUCACGGAAUCCUACCACGAUGGCAUCGCACCGGUAGUCAUCCAGAUCGAUGAGGCCAUCGACGACGAAGAAGAGCAAGAAAGUCUACUGCAGCACAGAGAUGAGCGACAGCCGAGGGUACGGAAACGGGAAUGGGAACAGCGCUCUCAUCGAUCAAUCGACUUUGCAGGUAGAACCACCAAUGGGGGUGGACGCAGGGAAAAACAAAAAUCUUCCUCCGGGGCAUACAACAACAACAGUGGCAGCAUCGACGACAGCAGCAGCAGUACAAAACCGUCGAAGAAAGCGAAACAGAGCACCGGGACGGGGGAACCAUCGAGCGGGACAGAUUGCGAUCUCGAGCACUGCUGCUUGGCAGAGGGCGCUUGUCUGGGAAAUGCCGCCAGAGGGGAAACAAAUGACGACGUUGGCGACGAACGCACCGAGGAACUACCUGUUGCAUCUACUACUGCUCCCGGCGUAGCGUCUUCCUUUAAGAAUGCGGAUGCCUGUAUCCAACAAAUUCGUUCGGCGAAGAGCCGGCCUGAUCCGACCGACGAUUGCGAAGCUACCGCCGGCACCCAAUAUUCACAGCAGCAGCUCGAUACAAUACGUGAAUUAGGACCAAUUCGGGACAAGAACGCAGACCAAAAAGAUCGUCACACGUUCAUGGUGAAACGGCUUUAUGUAGUCGUUGCCGUCGCGUGUUUGCUACUAAUCACAACGAUUAUUGCGGUGACGGUUGCCGUCAAAAGAAAGAAAGCCAACAGAGCCGAUUUGUCGCCGAGCGCUCGAAGGAGCCAAAUGAAGGAAAGCAUGGUAUCAGAGCUGAACAAAGAUUCCGACUUCGAAACGGAAGGGUCGGCACAGAACCUGGCCCUGGAUUGGAUGGCAAACGACGACCCAGCCGCACUUCCGGCAACCCCCGUCACGACCGAGCUUACCGAACGUUUCGCCGCAGCCACCCUGUAUUUCGCCACGGGUGGGCCGCAGGAAUGGAUAGACUCCUUUGGAUUUUUAAGCGGGGCCUCCAUUUGCGAGUGGAACAGUUCCGGUGAUAACACGCUUGCACGCAUUGGAAUUUUCUGCGGAGAGUCCGGGGCUGUCCGCGAGGUGAAACUUGGUAAGAUAGAAAAUUGAAAAGCAUUUUUUACAACAUAAGCGGAAGCGUUUCUGAUCCAUUUCAAUUGUCACUUUUUCGUUACCUGUACCCCAAAACAACAAAUCAUGGCAAACAAUAUGUGCGGCAGAGAACAAUAACCUUAGUGGAAGCAUGCCCAAAGAACUAAACUAUUUUAGCGAACUGGUGACACUCAACUUGUACUUCAACAAACUGAGAGGUACUAUCCCCGAUAUUUCCGGAUUGGCCGCACUAGAGCAAAUCGAUGUCGAUGGGAAUGAGUUGACAGGAACGGUUCCCGAGUCUAUUUUCAAUAUGCCAAACAUCGGUGAGUUGCUUUUUCGCAGUUUUGAGAACAAAUAUGUUAUGGCACUUCGAAUACAAACAAUUUGCACUUGAGUUCCGUUGUGCGCUAUGGUCGUCUCACCGCCGCAUCUUCCUUGCGUAUGAUUCGUCUACACAGUGAAUCUUUAUUUACUAAACAACAAAAAUUUAA